UUUUCCCCCCCCUAACCAUGUAAUAAAAGCAGCAGCUCCAUCUUUUUUGGGCAUUACACAGAUAAGGAAUCCGCUAUGAUAAAAUGAGUAAUGUCAGGUCCGGCCAUAGUCUGUGCCAAGUGACAAACCCCUCUCUACUUUAGCGGAGGACCCGUGCACACGUGACCUCACCGGCGGGGAGGAUCCGGAUUAACCUCUUCGUGCACACUAGCUGCGGCGGAGGGGCCAGUCCUGAGCGGAUCCAGGGGCUGAUUACACGGCAGCCUAUAACGCUACGUGUGGAUGAGCAGCAGGACCCUCCUACUCCACGUGUUCCCCCGGAUGGACCGCUGCCAGCUGCUCCAGUAGACCGUGAGGAGGUGGAGUGGCCAUCAAUCAGGAUGCAUAGGAAGUACUGAGGGUGAUCCCCAGGCGAGGUGCCUGAGCCCCCAUCAUCAUCAUCCCCAGCACCCGGGACAGAAUGCUAGAGCCGGAGCCCUCCGCCGGUGCACACAGUACGGUAGAAGUGCCACCCCCGUCUGCCCCCAGGUCCCAGCUCCGGGCUGCCCCCUAGCUGCAGCUCUUUUUGGGGCUGCUGUGAAGCCUCUAAGGUGCCUCCGCUCCUGUUGCUUCCCCUCCAAGCGCCGCAAACCGAGGAGGGUGAUGGAGCAGGUGCCGGGCUCAGAGACUCACACCUCCUUCCAGGCCCGGCUCUUCAAGAACUUACAGCUCGGGAGAUCCAGAAAAGGCGCCGGCAGCGAGCACCAUCACAAAGCCGGACUGGAGCGCCGCAGUGCGGGGACGCCCUGCCCUUCCCCACCUGCGGCUCGGAGGAGAGACCAGGAGAACUACAUGGAGGAGGUGGUCCCGGGGAUGAUCCGCUGGAGCGGCCUGAAGAGGAGGAAGCAGGCGCUGGACCGGGUCUUCUCAUCCUCCCAGCCCAAUCUCUGCUGCUCCGGUGUGGAGUCGUUACCCUCCAGCGCCCCCUGCAGCAGCCCGGGUAGCAUCGCAAAUACCCCGGAGCCUGGCUCCACUCUGCGCCGCCUGAGGGAUCACCUCUUGCCGUACAGCAGGACACAAGGACCGGGGAAAGAAAAAGAUGGGGACGUCCCACAAGCGGUCACCCCGGGGAGAGGACACCAGCUGUCCCACCAGAAGAGCUCGUCCCUGCCCGGGACCGCCUGUAUAGAGAACCUGCUGCAGGGCUCCAGCACCGCGGACAGCGACAGGCACAGGCUAAAAAACAACAGUGCGGGCAAUAGUAAUGCAGAUCUUCCACUCCCUAAUCCCGGAAUGUACCAGUUGGAUGUUACAUUAAAACGAGGAAGCAAUCUGGCAGCACGAGAUCGUGGAGGGACAAGUGACCCCUAUGUCAAGUUCAAAAUUGGAGGAAAAGAGGUUUUUCGAAGCAAGACAAGACACAAGAACCUUAACCCUGUUUGGGAUGAAAAAGUUUCCUUGCUUAUUGAAAGUCGUAAAGAGCCUUUAUAUGUUAAGGUAUUUGAUUAUGACUUUGGGCUUCAAGAUGACUUUAUGGGGUCAGCAUUUCUUGAUCUUACAACACUGGAACUACAAAGCUCAAAAGACGUUGCGUUAAAUUUAAAGGAUCCCCAGCAUCCCGAGCAUGUAUUGGGAACCAUAUAUUUAUCCGUUGUUCUAUCUCACAAGGACAAUGUCUGCGUGGACACGCCUUUAUCUAUGUUCAAGUCAUCUGAGCCGAACAUGAUUACAAAGAAGAAUUGGAAAAGAUCAAGUAAGUUUCAGACGCAAAGUUUACGAAUUACAGAUCUACAUCGGAAGUCUCACUUUUGGAGAGGGGUAGUAAGCAUCACCCUCAUUGAGGGACAAGAUCUGAAAGCCAUGGAUGCAAAUGGACUAAGUGACCCGUAUGUGAAAUUUCGACUAGGGCAUCAGAAAUAUAAGAGCAAGACCCUUCCAAAGACGCUGAAUCCUCAGUGGCGGGAACAGUUCAAUAUGCAGCUUUUUGAGGAGCAUGGAGGAAUAAUUGACAUCACGGUGUGGGACAAAGAUGCUGGCAAGAGAGAUGAUUUUAUUGGCAGGUGCCAGAUUGACCUGUCGGCCUUCAGCAAAGAACAAACUCACAAACUGAAGCUGAAUUUGGAAGACGGGGAAGGUUGUCUGGUUCUUCUAGUGACUCUGACAGCUUCAGCUGCCAUCAGUGUCUCCGACCUCUCUGUCAGCUGUUCGGAGGAUCAAAAAGAGCGUAAGGAAAUUCUACGGAGAUACAGUCUUAUGAGGUCCUUCAGCAAUUUUAAUGAUGUGGGUUUUCUUCAAGUGAAAGUCAUAAGAGCAGAGGGAUUGAUGGCAGCUGAUGUCACAGGUAAAAGUGACCCAUUUUGUGUAGUGGAGUUGAACAAUGACCGUCUGAUGACACACACCGUUUACAAGAACCUAAACCCCGAGUGGAAAAAAGUGUUUACCUUCAACAUCAAUGAUAUCCACUCCCUCCUUGAAGUGACAGUAUAUGAUGAAGAUCGAGACCAAAGUGCCGACUUUCUGGGCAAAGUUGCCAUCCCCUUGCUGUCUAUUCAAAAUGGUGAACAGAAAGCCUACGUCUUGAAAAACAAGCAGCUGACAGGGCCAACAAAGGGGGUCAUCUAUCUUGAAAUAGAUGUGAUUUUUAAUGCUGUAAAAGCCAGCCUGGCCACACUCAUACCAAAAGAACAGAAAUACGUAGAGGAGGAACAGAGACUUUCCAAACAGUUACUGCUGAGGAACUUUAUCCGCAUGAAGCGUUGUGUCAUGGUGCUCAUCAAUGCAGCCUACUAUAUUAACAGUUGCUUUGAUUGGGACUCACCCCAAAGGAGUCUUGCUGCUUUCUUGAUCUUUCUCCUCGUGGUCUGGAAUUUUGAGAUGUACAUGAUCCCCCUGGCAUUGCUGCUUUUAUUGGCUUGGAACUAUUUCUUAAUCAUAUCAGGAAAAGAUAACAGGACACAGGAUAUGGUAAUGGAGGACAUGCUGGAGGAUGAGGAAGAGGAGGAUGACAAAGAUGACAAGGAUAGUGAGAAGAAAGGUUUUAUGAAUAAAUUAUAUGCCAUCCAGGAGGUCUGCGUCAGUGUCCAAAAUGUUCUUGAUGAAGUUGCUUCCAUUGGUGAAAGAAUAAAGAACACAUUCAACUGGACGGUCCCAUUCUUAACCUGGCUGGCAAUUAUCGCCUUGUGUCUGCUCACAGCAGUGCUAUAUUUUAUCCCGCUCAGAUACAUCGUCCUUCUGUGGGGAAUUAAUAAGUUUACAAAGAAAAUUCGCAGUCCGUAUACGAUUGACAACAAUGAGAUUCUCGACUUCCUCUCCAGAGUUCCUUCUGAUGUGCAGGUGGUGCAAUAUCGUGAAAUAAAACCAGACCCCAGUCACAGCCCCAGCAAAAGGAAGAAAAAUAAUCUUGGUUAGUCAGCGCUACAAAUGGAGAAGAAAGGCAUCUGCUCACCGCUGAAAAAAGGGAAGCCCUACGGCCUCACAUGCAUUCUCAUUGUUUAUGUUACCUUAUACUGUAUUUUUAUCAUAACUGAGACAAUUUGUAUAUAUUGUAUAAAGGCAGAUACCAUUGUACAAUACUAAUUUGAUAUAAACUUGGGAGCUCUUGUCUUGCUGUGUGAACGCUCUGCCCGGGUCAGUCAUGUGAUGCUGUCAAAGAAGCAGCAUUCAGGUUAGUGUAGAUAUUGCCUCCUAUUAGAACAUAGCUGAGAUAGGCAUUUAAUGGGCUGCACACUAUAUGCAUAUGCUUUAGCCCAAAAAAAUAUAUAUGUAUAUUUAUUUAUUAUACAGAGCUACUCUUUGGGUUUUUAAAGAAUAAUAUGCACUUUUGGAUUCAGUGCCUAAAGGUUCUCUGGUUUUGGCAUGGUAGCACAGGCUUCUGUGAUUUGUCCCUCAAGCUCCUCAGUUGCUUAGAACUAUGAGACAUUUGUCCAUCUACUUCAAAUUAUUAGACCAAAAAGGAGGAAAAAUAUUUUAUUUUCAGAAGAAAAUAUUUCUUAUGAAAAAUUUGCCCAUGAAGAGUGGCUAAUAUAACAAAAGGACUUUUCUGUCACUGAGCCACUUCUACGUUUGUAUCUAAACAUUAUAAAAUGUAUAUAUAGAUAACACAUGAAUUUAUUGGUAAUGUCUACUUACCAAGUUAUAGCCUUUAAAGAGGUAAUCCUCCCAAAGACAAAGGAUAGGGCAUAAGAUGUCUGAUUGCGGGGGUCCCGCUGCCCCCCGCGAUCUUCGUGCAGCACCCAGCCUUCUGUGCUGGUUUCCACGACUGGGGCCGUGACGUCACACCACGCCCCCUCCAUUUAUGUCUAUGGGAGGUGGAGUGACGGCUGUCAUGCCCCCUCCCAUAGACAUAAAUGGAGGCGCGUGACAUCACGUCUCCAAUCUCUGAAACCAGUGUUGCCAGGUGCGGCACAGAGAUGAGGGGGGGGGGUUCCCAGCGGCAGGACCCCCGUGACAUCUUCAAGUAAGACAUAUCCCUUUAAGUCCACAGCUGCAAUCAGAAUUCUGCAGACUCUAAGCUCAGCUCUUCCUGCAUUCCCUGCUGUGUCAAUUGUCCGUAACAAUUCUAAUAUUCUAAAAACUGAUCUUCUGAAAAGUGUAGUCUUCAAACCAGGUGCUGACCUGAAAUGCUGCCAAAGCAAAGCCAUAUUGGCAGACCCUGUAUGGCAUCACACUGAUUCUCUACAGUUUCUAAUAUAAAGCAUAGGCAUGUUGUUUUGUUAGCUUGCAUAAAAAGGCACUUUAGUUCCAUUUUACUUUAUUAGGACAAAAUAAUAAUGGAAUAUAACAUUCAUUGCCUAUGAACCUCUUUACCGGGGAGAUACAGUUUUGGCCUCUAGCCACAUACACUCUUCUAGAAUGUAAUAUUUUAAAUGGCAUUGCAACAUGUCUGGUUUCAAUAAAAUUUAGCAAAAUUGUGAAUGCAGCUCUGGGCUCUAAUACAUGCUAAAACUUAAAAAAGAAGUAUCAUGUAAAAAACGUAUCCCCUAUCCCUUACCCAGCGAUCGGACCCCCGCAAUCUAUAACUUAUCCCCUAUCCUUUGGAUAGAUACAACGGAGCUGGAUGUGGAUCCUCUACCUGUGUGGCUGAUGACUCGGACCGUAUCGGGGAGCAGAGUCUAAGGUGCCACUGGUCUUCACCAGAGCCCGCCGCAAGGCAGGAUGGGCUUGCUGUGGCAGGCGACACCCAGGUCGCUUCCCCCGACACGGCUUGACCACACAGGUUACUGGGCAAGGCGAGGUACCGAAGGAAGAAGCAGUAGCGCAGUCAACGUAGCAGGCGGUCAAGGCAGGCGGCAAAGGUUCGUAGUCAAAAAAAACGUAACAGGAAGGUCUGGAUACAUGGGUAUAGCCAAACAGGCAAUAGGAACGCUUUCUCUCAGGCAAUAGGCACUGAAGUUCCGGCAGGGAAGUGUGGGAGGUGCAAUAACUUAUAAUGUGGUGUCAGGUGUAUUCAAUAUUUAUGGGUGUACUGGCUCUAAGGGAUGGCGACACGCACGCCAGAGCUGAGAGACAGAAGGAGCGGAGCGAGGUAAGAGACUGGCCGGGAGUCACAUGCGGGCGCGUCCCGCGAGGCGAAUCCCGGCCCCGCCAGCGGUCGGGGACACAGGGACACUGCGCUCACGGCCGAUGCUUGCGGCCGGAGCGCAGUGUGUAACAAUAGGGGAUACAUUUUUUACAUCAUACUUUUCCUUUAUAAUCACUCACUACUGCUGUCACAUUUUCACUGUGGCCAACCAGUCUGCCUCAGAUCACUGAAUUGUUUCAAAUUACUUAUUUUUACUCAAAAAAUUUAAAAUAAAAACAUGGAGGUUUAUAGAGAAUAUGCAUCACAAAUAAUGUAUAAAGGGAUAAUAUUUGUUUACAUUUAAAGUGUGUGGGGAAAUUGGUGGUGUAAAUGAGUAUUAAAAAGUCCUUCUUUACCAUAAGAUCCUCCACCCUCCUACCCCACCUUGACCAUUUUUUUUUCUUUUUUUUAGCUGGAAAACUAUUUAAACAACAUUUAAAUAAGGUGUAUGAAACCAAUACAAUUGCUUUCUUUUGGGGAGAGGAGAGAAUUCUACGUAUAUAAGUAUUUUUAUAUACAACUCAUAAGCUAAAUAAUUUCUGUAUCAAAUACAAUUGUGUCCCUGUCCAAUGCAGUAGACACUUAUCAUACUUUUAGUCCUUAACUGACUGGCCACUAAUAUAGUAUUUAGUAGAGAAUGUAAUUAUAUGGAAGCACCUCAACAAAGAAAGAAAUAUAAACCUAAAAGUACCUUAAAAAAUGCACAAUUGCAAAACAUAUGAGGUGUGAAGGAAAUGUCAAGUUCUAUGAUUUUGUUUAAUAUGUGACAGUCCGACAAGCUGUUAGCUGUCAUUUCUCCUUCAGUCUACCAAACUACACCACUUACUUACAUUAAUGAAUUAGAAAAUGUUAUUCUUCUACCGAUUUUAAACAAAAUAUUUUGUUACAAUUUGUAGGGAAUUAGUGUAGCCCUAUUGCAUUAUGCUGACUUUCAAAUUAUAGUUAUUAGAGUUGUGUUGAAAAGAGACAAAAGGCUUAUAGAUGUUAUUAAGGGAAAUCGCCUCUGUUAGCCAGAAGUUCCCCCUUGUUUUCAUUGCUUCAUUUAAAGGGAGCCUUUUCCGUUAGACAUGUAGUAUCAUCUACCGACAUCAUGUUAUAGAGCAGGAAGAGCUGAGCAGAUUGAUAUAUACCAAUGUUUACAAUGAUUCAGUAGAAUCUGAUCUAUUCCAUGCUUAAGAGUCUAGUGGGCCGUCCCAUCAUUGAGUGACACUGUCCACUGGACUCCUAAGAACAGGAAGUGCAGGGAUUUUCCCACAAAGAGAGAUAUCAAUCUGCUCAACUCUUCCUGCUCUCUAACACGAUGCUGAUAGAUUUUAUAGCAUUUCGGGGGGGACAGGUUCCCUUUUAAAGGGCUUCUAGAAGAGGAAGAAAUGAAGUGAGGUUGAAGAUGUAGUUAUAUCAGAGGAGAUGUGGAAUGGAUGAAUAAAAUAAAAUAGAUGAAUAAAAGCCCCUAUAAAUAAAUACAUUAGUGCAUUGAGCCACAACAUCUGCCGUUUGGGCAAAUGACUUAUGUACAUUGAUAAAGUACUUUAAAAAAAUGUAAAUUGUAAUUGCAAUUACAAAAACCUUAAAUGGCUUUUCUGAUUUGAAUAUAUCCUUAGCAAAAUAUACAUCACCCCCCCCUCCCAAUAAAAAACAUGGUCAUGGAAAGUCCCACUGGCCAUUAAAUAAAUCCAUUCAAGUUGGGUCUUCCAUCGGAAAAGCUGCUGUCGAAAGAGCUCUGGUUACUAAAAGUGAGUCCCCUCUUAUCAUAUCUAUAUGUCCAAAUAUAGUUUAGUAUAUAAUUUAGAUCCUUUUUUGAAACGCAAAAGAUGGAUAGAAGAAUCAUAAUCCACAAACGUCCAUUUUGUUUGCACUAUAUGAUCCUUACAUUGGUUCCGAUUACAAGACAUGUGACGUGUGAACCAGCCUAUUGCAGCUCCUCUACCUCUAUAGUGGGCCGAAAUAUAAGUGGCCUGUGUACUCUUGCACCCUUCCUUGUAAUUUCUAAACCACCGGGUAAAUACUUUCAUUAUAAACCGUUGCCAAAGUACAGCUUUAUGUUGAUGUACAUUAAGUUAUUUUUAAUAAUUCUAACAAUAAUAUAAUGAACAUUGGAAAACAACCACAAUGUUCACUGACACAUGACGUGUGAAAGAAUUCUGCACAAAAAAGGGAAUAUUCUGUUGUAAUAUAUUGUUGUAAUUAGACAUUUUCUCUACUUUUUAUUACUUUUUGUAGUUUGAUUGCAGAUGAUCAAUGUCGCAUAAUCGUAUGUUAUGUGCCUGCGUCCCUGUCCAAUGGAGUAGACACUUAUUAUACUUUUAGUCCAUAACUGACCACUAAUAUAAUAUUUAGUAGGGGAUGUAAUGAAAGCACCUUAAUAAAUAAAAACAUAUAAACUUAAAUGUACCUAAAAAAUCAAUGUGGUGACAGUGGCACAUAUAAUUGGUGCAAAGCUAAAAUGCAAACAGUAAGACCCUUAAAAGUAUAGGAUUCUAUUCAUCUUAAAAAGUUUUCCACAUUUGAACCCCAUACAAGAAACUGAAGCAAAAGAGCUAAGAUUAUUAACAGUGAUGAAGUCCCAAAAAAGACUCUUUUAAAUGACUAUACCACCAUUACUAAUGACUGACAGAACUGUAAAUGAGUGGUCAUGGACUAAUAUACAUAAUGUACUAUAGUUAUAAAUGGACAAAACUGUAGAUUGGGUAUUUGAGCAAUUUAUAUACAGGCAAAAUAAAAAAUAAAUGAUGUGUCACACAAUGUAUAUGCAGUUUAUUUUUAACAAGUACAUAAAGAAUAUAUAAAAGCAACUAAAAGCUGAGGUUAAAGUUGGAACAAAAUAUACUAAUAAUAGCCUUACAAGAUAAUAGCAUUUUUGUAUGCUGUUUUUUUUUUCAUAUUUACAAUCAAUGGUGUGUCUUAGGUCCUAGUACCUUAUUCCCAGUGUUACAAGCUGCUAUAAAUGACGCCAUUGCACUCUACAGAUCUGUGUAUUACACAAAAACAUCUUAUCAUGUGUCAUAGCACCAUCUGCCAUGCAUAGCCUUGAUGUUAGGCCUCCACCCAUCAUGUAAGGCCUCCACCCAUCAUUAUACUAAACUACUAUUUUAUGGAGUAGACUUAGCUGUCAAAGCCUGGCACUCAGAGACGUGGGCUUCAUCUGUUGACUCUACAAUUGUUACAAAGCUAACGGAAUAGUUUUGCAACCUCUGGAAAAGCACAGGUUUGACGCCCAUUGCUUUUGGAGAAGUUUUCUAGUGUCACAUUGAAUAUACAGUAGUUUGACUCUUGCAACUUAGCUCAGCAUUUGAGAGUUGUUGUUACUCCAUGUGCUGCAGUAUAGUAACAUUAUAGGGCACCGUACUCUCUCUAAAAAGCAUUGGCUCUAUGGGAGAGAAAUACAGCAUAUGAAAACAUCACCAUUGUUUUCAACAAUUCUGUAAUAAAAAUUUCAGGCUAUGUUCACACACAGUAUCUUGGGCUGGUUUUUCGGUUGUAAACCACCCAUAAAAUGGUGUUCUUAUGGCUCAAAAACGGGCCAAAUAUUGGCUAUUUCAGUUGAACUCUGUUGUAAAACUGCCAUUAGUACUCACAUCUAUUCAUUAUAAAAUUAAGUUGUCGGAUCUUUUGUCGGGCGUUUACAGACAAAAAAAACUGCUUUUUUUUCUUUCAAUUUAAGCCUUUAAAAAAUGGCAAUUUUUCAUGCAAGUUGCAAAUGCAAAAAAUACCUCCCCCAACCAAAAAAUAAAAAAUGUGUGAACAUAGGCCUGCUUUGUAUGUACAUGGGCCCAUUGUUUCCUACGGGUUUCAUCAGCUCUGCACAACACUAUUCCACAAUACUGCCAUGUGCACGAGCACUAAAUACCAUAUGCUGUGAGUGCAAACUUUUAGAGCAGGGUCUGAUAUGGCCAAAAAAAAGUUAUUCUUUUCUUCUAAUAAGUGUGUUAUUUUUAUUGUUCUUGAUAAUUGUCAUUUCAUGCAAACAUUAGAUUAUUCUAGAAAUGUUCACCAAAGAUCCCAUUACCACCAGAAGUUUACAUAGAGAACAGAAGCAGCACAUUUCUUAAAUACCAGAUGUAAAUGGAAAGGUUUCUGAAGCUAAGAAUGGCUCCAACCAUUUACUAGCUACAAGCUUACUGUCCAAUAUGCUGCAUGUCCCUUUGAUGUCCGAAAUGUCUGUGUGUGUUGACUCUUUCAUAGUAUUAAUAUUAACUGAUAAUUUACAAAGAAUUUGCUUUUAAAACAACUAUUUGGGGUUCAUUACAUUUACAACUGUGUUAAUACAGACAUUGUAAUAAAACUAUAUUAACCAGAUGCUUGCAAUUGUUUCCUGCACUGUAACCUAUUUAUUUUCCAUGGUGACCCUCUAAACAUUUCUUACCCUCUGAAGGCAGGGGAUGAUAUAACUAAGCCAUAUCCUUUUGAGCCUUAUAGAUGUGCUAUCCAUUGUCCCAGGGUUCAGGUCUAUAACCUGUGAAGCUAUAAUUGGCGAGCCGGAAUGGUUCUGUAUGGGAUUUGGGAUUCACAGACGUCUGUAGACUGGACUAACUCUGGAUUUGUGUACAAUACGCACGGCAGAUGUGCCCACCACAUUUAUUCUUUGCAGUAGACUGGCUUGAAAGCCUUAUUUCCUAUAAAUUGUAUUCACUUGUUGCUUGUCUAAUAAAAUAAAUGCAAUAAACU